AAUCGUCUGUCUCCUUGGAAACAGUAGUAACAAAGUUCUCGGCUCCAACAGCGUGCCUGUGAAUAUGGAGGAUGCAGAUUUUAUAAAUUAUGAUACAGAUCGCCUAAGGAUCGAGCUUGAGCAGGAGAAGCAAAUGAAGGAAAUGCUAGAACAGUCAGCUUCUGAACUGACAAAUACUGUGGCUGACUUAGAAAAGAGAUUGAACAAUGUUGAAGAUGCAGGUAAUGAAUGGAAAACAAGGUUUGAGACACAACAGGAGCUGAACAGGCAGCUGGAAAGGCAAGUCAACCUCCUGCAAGACAAGAUGGAAAACAUUUGUGGUAAUCCUGCAGACAGAUUGUCUUCUAUACGUUCAUAUGAUGAGAUGCCUGUGGGUGCACUAAAACAGAUUCUUAAACAAUUAGAAAUGGACAAGAACAGUCUACAAAACCAGCUGAAGGACUAUGCACUGAGAAUAGAGCAAGAGGCAAAGGCAUACCAUAAAGCAAAUGAUGAGCGCCGCGCAUACCUUACAGAAAUAUCACAGGCAUCGACAGUAAUGGAUGCAACCAAAAAGCAGCAGGUGGUUCAGGCACGAGGGACACAAGGACAUCACAUGAUGACAGGGAAUUUCAACGUGGCAAACAAUAGGAGAGUUUUACAUCCCAAGAAAGGACCGAUUAAGAAGACAGCUGCAGUGACACGACUUCCCAAGUUAAAGUGUUGAUUCAAGACAAACUGGUACCAUUGUUAAAUAUUAUUACAGGAUCAUGUAUUACGUGAUGAAAAUUAUGUUUUUUGAUAGUUGGUAAUUAUCCAAGUAUUCUUUGCUUAUAGAAUACAUGUACAUAUAUAUAUUAAUAUGCUAUAUACAAUUAGUUACAGGAUACCGGAUGUUAAAUUCUGUAUUGUAUGAGAUUUUUUUUUUUUAUAACACACCUAAAUUCUGUUUCUGCAAUGUUAAGAGUGUAAUCAGGUUUUUACAAACCCUUAUGCAAUAAAUGUAUAU